AUGGAGGAGAAAUAUGAACUCGGACCCAGAAGCGACCCGAGACCUCAUCAGGACCUCAUCAUGGCCUCAUCAGAGCCUCAUCAUGGCCUCAUCAUGACCUUCAGCGGGACCUCAUCAGAGCCUCAUCAGGACCUCAUCAGAGCCUUAUCAUGGCCUCAUCAUGACCUUCAUCUCUACCUCAUCAGGACAUCAUCAGAGCCUCAUCAUGGCCUCAUCAGGACCUCAUCAUGGCCUCAUCAGGACCUCAUCAUGGCCUCAUCAUAA